AUGUCGGAGUACCGAACUCGACAACUCAACAAGUUGUUCUACAAUAUCCUUGAAGGCAAACAGACCGUUGUCAAGCUUCAAGAUGCCGAGAAAUUCCUCGAGUCUAUUGUGAACAGGACCGACAAAGCGGACUGCAUUGAGAGACUGGUCACGUCAGAAUCCGGCCAAGAUGCCCUUCACAAAUCCCUCGUCCUCGGAAAUUCAGCCCAAUUCAUUAAUGCAUAUACCACAAAUCUCUUGGAGUUCCUAAGAGAUCCCACUCUAAAGAGGGUCGGCGAUGGAGAGCUAUUGAAUCAGAUACUCUGGGCUAUGGUUGACCCCCCGUUAUUCUGGAAUGCUCUAGUUCAACAUGUGAAAAUGCAACAGCUCGAAGCUCAAUCUGUCGAAAGCUUCGCCUGGUUGUUGCUACAACUAAUGGUACUACCGCCAUCACAAUCAAAAGCAUUUCGACAGACGGCAGAAUCGCUUUUCCAGGACGGCUCUCUAGAGAAAUCGAGUCCACCAGGAGCCAGGGCCUACUUCCAACAAAUCCGAGCCUUGAUACAACACUCGCAACCCGAGAUACCUAACCAUGCCCGCGACUUCAAUCCAGGUGGCCGUCAUGAUAAUGACUUCGUCAAUUACCAUGAUAUAUCAAUUCUUCCUACGUGCGCUGAGCUGCAGUGUGCCGAGAGACCUUUCUAUCUGCAAGCUUCCGCAAUGUUGGAGUGGAAAAAUGAAGACCGAUCGUUCAAUCAUCUCGACAAUCAGUUUCGCCUCCUAAGAGAAGACAUGCUCGCUGAGAUACGCGAAGAUAUCAAACGCACAAGAAGUAAGAGUAAAAAGCCGAGCUGGAAAAAUAUGAUCAUCAAAGAUCUACGCCUAGAAAGCCUCGACAAGGAAGCUAUGGAGAAAGAACGGCCGUUUACUCUAGUGCUCCAAUGUAAGGAUGAUGUAUUGGCAAGUCACGGCACGAACAUUGCAAAGAGAAAGGAUGCCUUGAAAAGGAGACCAACAUUGCUGAAGCACCAGAGUUUUGGAUGCAUAAUGAAGAACGACAACCUCCUGGCCUUUGCAACCCUAGAGAGGAACGAAGACAAGCUUGCCCUACUUCCGCCACGCUUAUGCUUGCAAAUCAUAGGGACCGAUACGUUGAGCGGUGUUCUACUAGCUCUUCGAGAAGGAAUGGUGGACUUUUUGCUUGCAUCUACCCCUAUAUUCGCGUACGAACCAAUAUUGGAGAGAUUGAAGCGAAAGACCGAUAUCGAGCUUAGCCAUGAUAUUCUUAUUCACUCCCAGGAUCCAAUGGAGUCGGCUAUACAACCAGUAGCUGUCAUCGAUGCUCUCGAAGCAUCCCUCGUCACCAAUGAUAACUUGCAGAACUUGCUAGAUACGACACGACAAGUCAACCUAGACCCUUCGCAAGUCAAAGCUCUAAUACACGGAUUGACGUACCAGACAUGCCAGAUCCAAGGCCCUCCAGGAACCGGGAAAUCUCUCGUGGGUAGUCUCUUAGCCAAGAUUCUACACGAUAAUACAGAGGAGACGUUGCUCGUUCUGUCGUAUACCAAUCAUGCACUUGAUCAGUUUAUAGAGGAUUUACUGGAUAUCGGAAUCAACGACAGUAGCAUCGUGCGGCUAGGAUCGAAGUAUACCAAUAGAACCAGGCAUCUUCUGCUAGGACGGCCAACAGUUGACCUUGCUAGGAGGACAAAGACCCGGCGCGAGUUGAUUGAUUCCCAAAAAGCCAAGUUGGACUCCUUAGUGGAGAGCAUAGACAAAAGCUUUGAUGCCUAUCGCGAAGAUAUAAUUUCGCCUCUUCAGCUGCUAGAAUAUCUAGAGUUUUCUGAGGAGGAAAGCCACUUCUACGACGCGUUCUUGGUGCCUGAAGCAGCGGGCGGCGAGACUCGAGUCGGAAAAAAGGGUCGUCAAAUGAAACCCGACUACCUAUUCAAUUGCUGGGCAAAUGGAAAAGGGCCGGGUCCUUUUGCGAAGGAAAAGCUGGGAUCUACGUGCGGUAGUGUAUGGCGCAUGGCCAAAACAGAACGGCCUGCAAAAAUCCAGCAGUGGAUACGGGAGAUACGACAAGACCAUAUUUCCAACCUCGUGCAACAGACCGCCGACUUUAACAAAACCCAGAAGACCCUACGCAGCCUACAGAAAGAGAACACAGAGCAAGUUCUCCGAAGUAAGCGCAUUAUAUGUUGCACCACAACGGCUGCUUCGAUGUACGCCCAGGAAAUCCAGGCUGCGUCUCCAGGUAUUAUCAUCGUCGAAGAGGCGGGAGAGAUUCUAGAAAGUCAUAUCCUUGCGGCCAUGGGACCUAGUACCAAACAGCUCAUUCAGAUCGGAGAUCACAAGCAACUUCGACCAAAAGUGAAGAACUACAGUCUCACUGUGGAAGUCGGACAUGGGUAUGAUCUUAAUCGUUCGCUGUUUGAAAGGCUUAUACUCCAGGGACGGCCUCAUUGCACGUUGCUAAAACAGCAUAGAAUGAGGCCAGAGAUAUCAGCAUUAAUAAGACAUAAUUACCCUGACCUAGAGGAUGCUGACAGUACUAAAACCCGACCACAUCUCCGUGGCUUCCAAGAUGACAUCGUUUUCUUUAACCACGACUAUCCUGAAGUCAAAUAUGAUGUCCUUGCCGAUCGGCUUGAUCAAGGUGCUUCAUCAAGCAAGCAGAAUAUCUUUGAGGCGGAAAUGAUCUUGAAGUGUGUCCGCUACUUGGGCCAGCAAGAUUAUAAGACUACGGAUCUGGUGAUACUUACCCCCUACCUCGGUCAACUCUCGUCGUUGCGAGACCUACUCAUCAAGGAUCACGAUCCGAUCUUGAACGAUCUGGACUCUCAUGAUCUGGUCCAAGCUGGCAUUAUUCCGCCGGAAAGUGCGAGAGUCAAUAAGAACCCAAUUCGUCUCUCCACUAUUGACAAUUACCAGGGGGAGGAAAGCGACAUCGUCGUUGUCUCCCUGACACGUAGCAAUGAGAAUGGUGAUAUUGGGUUUAUGUGUGCACCAGAGCGGCUGAAUGUUCUGAUCUCGCGAGCCAGGGAUGCAUUAAUCAUGAUCGGCAAUGCGAAUACCUUCUUAAAUGCUAAGAAGGGGAGGGAAGAAUGGACUCGUCUCUUCGACCACUUAAAGGCCAAUGGGAAGAUCCAUGGUGGAUUUCCACUCAAAUGUGAAAAACAUCCGGAGACGAAACAUAUUGUUCGUUCAGUCGAGGACUUUGAUCUUCUAUGUCCAGAUGGAGGUUGCGCACUGCCGUGCAAUGAGAUGCUAUCCUGUGGCAAGCAUUUGUGCACAAUGAGGUGUCAUAUUCGAGUCGACCACACGAAGGUGCCUUGUUACCAUCCUAUGAAUGAUGUGUGCUCCCAGGGACACAAGUUAGUAUGGAGCUGCUCAGACAAGAAUCCGCCUGCUUGCCAGACCUGCCGCCGGGAAAAGGAAGAACGGGACCGAAAAGCUCGGAGGGAUAAGGAUCUAGAACGUGAAAGACAAGCGAAGCAAUUAGCAUACGCCAAGCAGCUAAGGGCCAUUCAAGAUGAUAUUGCCGCACAGAGGAAGAUCAUGCAAGAUGUCUUGGAGGAGAGGAGGAGAGAGCAAACGAUCAAGCAGCAUAAGAUUGAGCUUGCCCAAUUGAAAGAACAAGCCAGGAAGCCUCUCAGCAACAUUCUCAAUCCAAAGCAAGAAGCAACUCAAGGAGCAAAGAAAGGAGCGAGGCAAGGAGCGAAGCAAGAAUCGAUGCAAGAAUCGAAGCCUGCGCACCAAUCAGUCACGAAACCCAACACCGACUGCGAUGAGAGUCGUCCUUCCAAUAGCCCAUCUCCUGACGAAGCCCCUAGCCAGGGCCCGACCGAGAAUGCGCAAGAGUCAGACCCAACAGAUGACGACAACGUGUCCGAAACCAGUCACGAAAGCGACCAGCCGCCUACUACCGAAAAUCCUUCACCUGCUGAAGCAGACUGGCAGCAUCAAAAAGAUUAUGAGAAUGCUUCCAACGAAGCCCUCGACUCCCUGUGUAGGAUGAUUGGGCUAGAGAGUGUGAAGAAAGAGUUCCUCACCAUAAAGGCUAGGAUUGAUACUUCUAUUCGUCAAGGAACGGAUAUCAAGGAUGAAAGAUUUGGAGCAGCUCUACUUGGUAAUCCAGGAACGGGGAAAACAACCGUGGCUAGACUAUAUGCCAAGUUCCUGUCUUCCGUCGGCGCAAUCCCCGGUGACCAUUUUGAGGAAACGACUGGCUCGCGAUUGGCAAAUGAUGGUGUACAGGGUUGCAAAGCUCUGAUAGAUGAAAUCCUCAAUAAGGGUGGAGGUGUUUUCUUCCUAGACGAGGCGUACCAGAUUGUUUCGGGCAGUUCUUUCGGAGGAGGUCAAGUACUCGACUUCUUGCUAGCGGAAAUCGAGAAUCUCAGAGGCAAAGUCGUCUUCGUAUUCGCUGGCUAUCGGAAGCAGAUGGAAGCAUUCUUCGCGCAUAACCCAGGUAUUCCCAGUCGAAUUCCUAUCCAAAUGGACUUCCAGGAUUAUGAAGACGGUGAACUCUUGAAGAUCCUCAACUACCAACUUGAAAAGAAGUUUAACGGCCGCAUGAAGGUUGAGCGCGGGUCUAGAGGACUCUAUAUGCGCAUUUUGACACGCCGCAUCGGUCGCGGUCGGGGAAAGGAAGGGUUCGGCAAUGCUCGCGAGGUCGAGAAUGUUUUGUCAAUUGUUCUCGGACGACAGGCUAAUCGCCUCCACCAGGAACGGCGAAAGGGUAGCGUACCCGACGACUUGCUAUUGAAAAAAAUCGACAUUAUUGGACCACCUCCAAACCAAACAUUCUCUGGAAACAAAGAUUGGUUGAAGCUCAACAGCAUGAUUGGGCUGGAGUCAGUCAAGCAAGCAGUCAAGGCUCUCAUGAAUCGACUACAGACAAACUACGAUCGCGAGUUAAAGGAGCAGCCUCUAGUCGAAUGUUCAUUGAACAAGGUAUUCACUGGGAACCCUGGGACAGGCAAGACGACUGUAGCGAAACUCUACGGCGGGAUCCUCAAGGCUUUGGGCCUUCUAUCCAAUGGCGAAGUGAUUAUCAAGAACCCAUCUGAUUUCGUUGGCAGUGUACUCGGGGGGUCAGAGAAAAACACCAAAGCUAUCCUUGAUUCAACCAAAGGCAAGGUCCUCAUAAUCGACGAAGCUUACAUGCUUGCGAGCGGAGGUUCCAAAUCUGGAGGCACCAGUGACCCAUACAAAGAGGCUGUCAUCGACACGAUCGUCGCGGAAGUCCAAAGUACCGCCCUGGAAGACAGAUGCGUAUUACUGCUAGGCUAUAAGGAGCAGAUGGAGGACAUGUUCCAGAAAGUCAACCCGGGAUUGACCAGGCGGUUCCCCAUAUCGUCCGGGUUUAACUUCGAAGACUACGACGAUGGCGAACUUCGAAAGAUCCUCGACCUGAAACUCAAGCAACAGGGAUUCAAGGCCGGUGAAGCUACGAAGAAGGUUGUCAUCGAAGUGCUCCGCCGCGCCCGUAACAAGCCCAAUUUUGGCAACGCAGGCGAAGUCGACAUCAUCCUUGAUCAAGCCAAGGAACGGCAGCAAAGACGCGUCUCGAAACUUGCCGGAAAAAGAAACGUGGACAUACUGGAGCCUGAGGAUAUUGAUCCCGAGUUUGACCGAAGUGAUCGCGCCGCCACCAACGUCCGCAUGCUAUUCAAGGAUGUCAUCGGAUGCGAUGAUAUCAUAGAACAGUUAGAAGGAUAUCAGCAAGUUGUCCAAAACAUGAAGGCUAUGGAUAUGGACCCUGUCACGCAGAUCCCCUUCGGAUUUCUAUUCCGUGGACCACCAGGAACCGGAAAGACUACGACAGCCAAGAAAAUGGGGAAGGUUUAUUACGAUAUGGGAUUCCUUGCAGAAGCAACCGUCGUGGAAUGUUCUGCCACUGACUUGAUCGGUCAGUAUGUCGGCCAGACUGGCCCCAAGGUGCAGAAGAAGUUCGACGAUGCUCUUGGCAGAGUUCUCUUCGUCGACGAGGCAUACAGGCUUGCCGAAGGCCACUUUGCUAAGGAGGCCAUGGAUGAGAUUGUCGACUGUCUCACCAAGGAGAAGUACCAGAACAAACUUGUCGUCAUUCUCGCUGGUUAUGACAACGAUAUCAAUCGAUUGAUGAACCAGAACCCCGGGUUAACCAGCAGAUUUCCGGAAACGGUGGUAUUCUCUAGCCUUCCACCACGUCACUGUCGCGACUUACUUCUUCAAUGUCUCCAGAAGAAGAAGCUCAACACGAAGGUCCUCGAAGACUCACCCACCUUGGACAGCCAGCUCCUAAACCUAUUCGGCACACUCGCACAGACUCCAUCGUGGGGCAACGCUCGCGAUGUGCAGACUCUCGCAAGAUCCGUCUUCUCCAAGAUCAUGAAAUCGAAGACACCCGACCCAAACCGGGUCGUACCCGAAAGCCUCGUCAUAGAAGUGAUCAAAGCCAUGAUCAAGGAACGCACGGACCGAGCCGCGUCCGCUCUCCCCUAUUUCACUCCGCCUCCAGAACUGUCCGUCCAGCAGCGACAAGCUUCCCAGGAACCUCCGCCCCCACCACAAGUAUCCACCUCGAUUGCGACGGACACAGUUCCUCCCCCAGAGGAGGAAAAGGAGGACGAACCGGCCAAAAAGAAAGAUGACGGCCCGGAGGACGAACCGAAAAACCUGGCAUCCAUCCGCGACGCAGGCGUCUCCAACGCCGUGUGGGUGCAACUCCAACUCGACCGGCUCGCAGCCGUUCGGCGACAACGCGAGCUCGCCGAAACGCAGCGCAAGGCCGCGGAGCUGGAGCGCGCGGUCCGCGAACAGGAAGCCGCGCUCCAGCGCCAAAAGGACGAGGCGAAGCGGCGCGAGCAGCUAAGGUUGCUGGAGCAGGCGCGCAGGCGCAGGGACGCGGAGGAGAGGAAGAGGAGGGAGGAGGAGGAGACGAUGAGGAAGGAGAAGGAGGUCCAGGCGAAGCUGAAGGUUAUCGGGCGUUGUCCCGUGGGGUUUGAGUGGAUUAAGCAGGCCGGGGGGUAUAGGUGUGCUGGGGGGACGCAUUUUGUGGGUGAUGCUGCUUUGGGGCUUUGA